UUCAAAAUUCGUUUUGAAGCCUCUUAGUUUCUUUUCUUUUCCUUCUUCUUCUUCUUCUUAACUUUAUGCCAUUUAAUUUGGUUACUAGAGCAACAUAUUAUAUGUACAAACCUUAUAAUAAGGUUAUUAUUCGAUUAAUUGUAACAUGGUUAUGGAUAAGCUAAGCCAAUAUGAACGUGUGUUCAACCACUUCGAUGAGAAUGGAGACGGCAAGAUAUCGGCAUCGGAGCUGAAGCAAUGCGUGGAGGCCGUGGGUGGGGAGUUGUCGACCGAGGAGGCAGAGGUGGCCGUGACAUUACUGGAUUUGGACGGGGAUGGGCUUCUGGGACUCGAUGAUUUUGUGAGGUUUGUGGAAGGAGGAGAAGAGGAAGAGAAAGUGAAUGAUUUAAGAGAGGCUUUUAAGAUGUAUGAGAUGGAUGGGAGUGGUUGCAUCACACCAAAGAGCCUUAAGAGGAUGCUUAGCAGGUUAGGUGAGUCUAGGUCUAUAGAUGAUUGUAAAUUUAUGAUAUCUAGAUUCGAUCUCAAUGGAGAUGGAGUUCUUAAUUUUGAUGAAUUCAGGGUCAUGAUGUUGUAAUAUUAAUUAACGGUAGUAAAAUAGGCUAAAUCUGUUGGGUCAAACCGGCGUCAAAAAAUUAAAGACGGAUUGAGAAGAAAUUUUAAAUUUGUCCAACACUAAAAACUCGCCAAAACUGCACCGUCAUUACCGUGGGUCAAGGCGGAGCGGGACGGAUUGUCCUCUUUUGUUUUAAGGUUAUGUUAGUGAUUUUAUACAUGAUAUAAAUAGUAAAUACAAAUUAAAAUUAGGGUACAAACAUUGAUUCACUGAACGCGGCCUCCUCCGACCCUGAGCUCCCUCCUCAAUGACCGGACCUUGAGCUCCUUGCCUACCUCUUCACUCUCAUCUCUCAAGCUCUCACGCAUUUUCAGAGCACCAACGGCGGCAGCAGCGAUUCCCUCACACGUUCGCACCGACGCGCUCGUCUCUCCUCUCUCAUAUCUCCCUCACUUUUGUGAUGGCGCGCUCGUUUCUCCUCUCUGACAACUCUGUCUCUCGGCAGUGGUAAGUCUUCCUCACAUUUGCGGCAGCGCACUCGUCUCUCCUCUUUCACAGCUCGUCUUUGGCUUUCUUGGCAACGGCGGCAAGCUCCCCAUCUGGCGAAAGUGAAGAUGUGAUUUCUCAAGGUGUUAGAUAAGGCGGUGUUUUAAUUUUUGGAACAGAUUUAAAUUUUAUUAAUUUAGAAGUUGACAAUUGAUUUAUGUAUUGAUUUGUAGAUUAUGUUGUGUGUUUUGUUUUAAGUGUAAUUUGAUUAUUUGAUAUGAAUUUAUGUAUAAAUUAUGUGU